GUGGCAUGUAUAAAUGUCCUUUGUUGAAGUCUAGUGGUAAUUGCUACCAGACUAGAAGCUAUUGCUUCUUCGGAUUCGUAAAGAUUAUUUCUGUGGACAGGGACGGUGGUAUCAGUGACACAGGCUUGAGCAAGGUCGCACACCUCGGAUGUGGGUGUCAGUUCAGCUGAAUUCAACAGUGUUGGUCGAUUGGGGAUCACCGUGAAGCUGCCACGGCCAAGCUGCUGGUUUAUUUGCGUGUUGGUUUGCAUUCGCUGGGGCUUGUGUGGUGGCUUUGUAUCUAAGGUCCUAACUGGUUAAUUUGAGUACUGCGCAGUGGAGUUGACUGAACGUUGGGGUUCGAUUACGUUGUGCGCUGUGUGUUUUGUGAUCUGUGCAGACGCGAAGGUUUUAGAUUGGCGAGUGCCUGCGGGAAAUCGUUUGAAGGAUUUCGGAAGCGUGUGAUCAGGAUUGAAAAUUGGUGGAGUAAGUAGCUUACUUUGGAGUAAGUAUCCUUUAGAUUGUGAUUAGGAUUACAAGGAUGAGCAUUCUGCAAACGCUGGCACUGUUGCUUUGUCUAGCGGUGUCAUUCCAACCAGGAGACGCAAGAUGUCCGUUGGCAAUCCUGGGCAGGCGCUCAUUGAAGCAAGCAGAUCUUCCGCCCCAGCCACCCUUGCAAUUUGGAUUCUACGACAUAUCUUGCCCGUCGCUUAAUGCCAUCAUCGACGAGAGAAUGCGCUUCUGGGUUCUGCAGGACAUCCGGACCCCCGCGAAGAUAUUGAGGCUCUUUUUUCACGACUGCUUUGCGGCUGGGUGCGAGGCAUCAAUCCUGCUGAACUCUACUUCAACAGUCUUAGCGGAGAAGGAUGCACCAAUUUCCCAGACUCUGGACAAGUAUGAUGUGAUCGAGAAUAUCAAAUGGACAGUAGAGACGGCUUGCCCUGGGAUUGUUUCCUGCGCUGAUAUUCUCGCACUCGCGGCUGCCAAGUCCGUUGAGCUAGCUGGGGGGCCGAUUCUUCAAACAGAAACAGGACGACGAGAUGGCGUAGUCUCGUAUCUUGCUGGUGCGACUGCGAGCAUGCCUCUGUCCAUCCAGAAGAUCGAUGACUUACUUGCAAUGUUCGUGCAGGCGGGCCUGGACUUAACUGAUCUUGUGAUCCUUUCAGGUGCUCACACAAUUGGGGAAGUUCAUUGCACCAACUUUGCCGACCGUUUCGACCCAGCGGCGAAUAGUCCUUUUCCGGACCCAUCUUUCGGGGAGCAACUGCGCGCAUACUGCACUCGCGGCGGCACAGGCGAUAUGGCAACCCUGAACCUGAGGACUUUUAUAGACUUGCAGUCGCCCAACAGCUUUGACAUCUCAUAUUUCGUGAAUCUGAUCGUAGGCCGCGGCGUCAUGACCUCAGACCAAGCCCUGUUCAAUGAUCAGCGUACGCAACCCCUUGUGAGAGCAUUUGCCGGCAAUCGAACUCUAUUCUUCGAGAGUUUCCAGGCGUCCAUGCUCAAGAUGGGUCGGCUUCACGUGCUCACUGGGACGAGCGGCGUAAUCCGGAGGCAAUGUGGGGUGUAUCCGUAGCUCACAAGCUACCUUUGUACAGAAUGUAUCUAUAUUUAAAUCUCUAGGCGGCUCCCGUCUGGAUUCAACAGUAAGCUAAGAAGCUAUCCAGAUACUCAGAGUGCAUUCCGUCUGGUGGAGUGCUGCAGUUUUGUUCCCAAGUACCCAUUCAAUUGGGCUGAACAGAAGUUACCCUUGUACUGAAACGCCGCAAGUGUUCAUGGCAGAUCGGUUAUGCUUUAUGUACAUGUUUGAGAAGAGAGAUAAAGAGUGAUUAUUUCCCCUGUGAUCAGCACUGUCGCAUCAUUCAAAGCCGCGGUAGUUGGGUCGUUAGUGUUCGAGGUCAUUUGGAGCAGUGCUAAGGUUUCAUAGUAAUAAUGUAACGUUGCUCUUGAAUACAGUUUGUUACAUUGACGUUGAUCAAUUCGGAACCUGGUUCACUUGGAUGGCUCAUGCCAGUUACCUCAGUGAAUCACAACGUGAGCUCCUGGUCCGAUUAUUCUUGCGAAAGCUCUGGAAGAUGAAGUGCGUGAUGUUCUCAGAAUUUUGGUGGAAAAAGACAUAAUCCCA